UAACAAGAGACCCUGAGCAAGAAGGCAGCAGCUUUUCUACAGGUCUGACUCGGAUUAAUAGGACUAACAACGUCCUCACAGCUCCCCUCUAUAUAAAGACACUCUCAUGGACACAAUCCACAGAGGAUAAGCUAAAAUUUGACCUUCCAGGCCAGGUCCAUGAAACUAAAUGAAUUGCUUUUGUGGGACAUUUCGACAAAAUUAACAAGAAUGAUUAUUAAAGCCAUUUCUUCUUGAAUAAAUGUCGCAUUUUUUGUUAGCUUAUGGCUGACUUCUAACUGUUCAAUAGCAAAGCAUUAGUGGUCAUAUGAAACCUGCCAUUCAGACUGUGAUAAUAACACUAAGAGUGUCUGCCAGAGCCUCCCAUGGUCUAAGCUUGAUAUAAUAUUGAAUAAAACUUUUCAUGGGUGAAAAGUCAUUAGAUAAGGGCAAGUUAGGCCUAGAUUGUUCUGGGUAUCCUACCUUAAUCUUUAGAACUCUCACUACAAUCACAUCCCAAUCCUCAGCCCUAACCCUGACCUGAUCCUUUUUUGGAUUUUUUUCUCAGUGUACAUCAGCAGUUUUAUUCUACACCCCAAAACUAUAACAUCAUGACAAUGUGAUUGGUCACUUGCAAUGCUGAAUUUCCACCAACAUUUAUUAUGAUGAUCCAGGAACACCACAACAUGAGGAUACUAGAUACACAUCAGGUGUCCAUUUCCACUUUGCCUAUACGUAUAUGUAUAUGUUAGUACCAUUCACAAGUCAUCAACAAAACCUUGCUUUUGUGUUUUUAUAUGUAGUCCUUUUGCUACUGAAAACCCAGCUAGCAGAAAAAUGGCAAGCUCUUUCACACGCCUGAUCUCCAAGCGCAAUACAGCUGUGCUGUUGGCCGGCUUGGGAGCAGGAACUGCUGGAUUCUUGUUGAGUGAAAACAGUUCUCUGGCUGCUGAGGCAAAGAAGAAGCUUUACCCUCCCAGCUCUGAUUACCCUGACCUGAGGAAACACAACAACUGCAUGGCCUCUGCUCUUACUCCAGCCAUUUAUGCCAAAUUGAGGGACAAAGUCACCCCCAACAACUGGACCCUUGACCAGUGCAUCCAAACGGGAGUUGACAACCCUGGACACCCUUUCAUCAAGACAGUGGGUUGCGUGGCUGGUGACGAGGAGAGCUAUGAGGUGUUUGCUGAGCUCUUUGACCCUGUCAUCAAAGACAGACAUAAUGGCUAUGACCCCAGAGUCAUGAAACAUCCUACUGACCUGGAUGCCUCCAAGAUAACCCACGGCAUGUUUGAUGAGAAUUAUGUUCUGUCAUCCCGGGUGCGUACUGGCCGUAGUAUCCGUGGGCUUAGCCUCCCCCCAGCCUGUUCGAGGGCUGAGCGCCGUGAGGUGGAGCGGGUAGUAGUGACAGCCCUAGCUGGCCUUAAAGGAGACCUGGCUGGACGCUACUACAGCCUAGGAGACAUGACGGAAAAGGAGCAGCAGCAACUUAUUGAUGAUCACUUCUUAUUUGACAAGCCUGUCUCUCCACUGUUGACAUGUGCCUUUAUGGCCAGAGACUGGCCAGAUGCCAGGGGGAUCUGGCACAACAACGAUAAGACCUUCCUGAUCUGGGUGAAUGAGGAGGACCACACCAGAGUUAUCUCCAUGGAGAAGGGCGGCAACAUGAAGAGAGUGUUUGAGAGAUUUUGCAACGGACUCAAACAGGUGGAGCACCUGAUCCAGGAGAGAGGGUGGGAAUUCAUGUGGAAUGAACGUCUGGGAUACGUCCUCACGUGUCCGUCCAACCUGGGCACCGGCCUCAGGGCGGGUGUCCAUGUACGCCUGCCAAAACUAAGCAAGGACCCACGUUUCAGCAAAAUCCUUGACAACCUGCGGCUGCAGAAACGCGGCACAGGGGGAGUCGACACGGCCGCUACUGGUGAUACCUUUGACAUUUCCAACCUUGACCGUCUGGGCAAAUCUGAGGUGGAGUUGGUCCAGUUGGUGGUCGACGGCGUCAACUACCUGAUUGAGUGUGAGAAACGGCUGGAAAAAGGCCAGGAUAUCAAAAUCCCAUCUCCCAUUGUUCAGUUUAGGAAAUGAAAACUGAACUCCUCAGUUUCCUCAGUGACCUGAUCAGUCCUCCCUCUCAAACUGAGACUGCUAGAGCACCUGAGAGCGACUCCCAUCAGCGAGGAGAAAGCAUUCUCUUUAAGUUUCCAAGACAGAGUGCAUUUCUUUAAGAUAAAUCAUCUUAGACGUGUUCUUUAGAGGAAAACUCUACCUCAAGAAAAUUGUAACCCCAAGUUCAAUGAAUAAACACUAUACAACAUUUUAUUGCUUUCAUUUUGUUUUUUGCUGUUGUUCUGUUUUUCACUUUGGCUGAACAAUAAUGUGUAGAAAGUGGUUUAGCAUUCUUUCACUGAAGUAAGCACGGUCUGUUAUUUGCAUGAAGAUAAUAUCAGUUUUGUAGUUAUUAGAUGGCAGUUUUAUUUUCCUAUCAUCAUCAGCCACUUUAUUAGGUAAACCGUGCUGGUGAUGGGUUGGAAACCCUUUUGUCUUCAGGACGGUCUUAAUUAUUAGUGGCAGAGAUUCAAAAAGGUGCUAGAAACAUUCCUGAGAUUUUGGUUCAUACUGUCAUGAUAGCAUCAACCAGUUGCUGCAGAUUUUCCAGUUGCACGUGAUGGUUAUAAAGGAAUGGACAUGGUCAGCAAUAAUACUCAGGUAG